AUGAGAAUUUUGGCUUCAUUAAAUUGGAGGGGCGCUUCACCAGAUGUGAAAUUUAGAUACGGCGACGGUUCGAAAAACGACACAGGGCUUCUGGAUCUUGAAAUCGGCGAUGUAUUGCGAUUUACUGUAAAUGAUAAUUCAGAUAGGCCCCGGGCAGAUGGCCCUGGAAAACUACUGCGAGAAAUUACAAAAUGCCCGGUAGGGUUUCUUUUGGUUUUGAAGCUUCAGCAGCCGCCACAGGGUCUGGUGUCUUCUGUGAACAGUGUUGAUAGAGAAGAUCUCAGUAAGGAAGGGGCGUGGAACGGUCCAUCAAGGAUUGUGGGCGAAUCUGUCAUCCAACCUACAGAUAAACUAAAACUUGCAGAGGCAAUUCGGCUGAUGGAUUUUGUAACGGCCACCGAAUGGCAGUCUAUGGUCGUAAGUUCAAACCCAUGCAAGUGGGAUUCUCAGAAAUGGAAAUGUGUCAAGGCUAAGGCAGACGAUAAUAAUGGUGCGGUGAGCAUGGCUUGGCAGUUACGUCGACUUGGCAGUGGUUGGGAGGAACACGUGGCGAUGAUGUGGCUGGAAAGUUUAGAAAAGGAAGAAGGGAUGUUUCACUGCAUGGCUGUGUCAGUUGGACUUCAUGGGGGAGAUUGUUGGGUUGAAGGUGCAGCGCAACUUGAUGGGCGUAAGCCUUCCAUUUGGGAUACUUAUACACAUUCUGGGAAAAUGUCUGAUGGAAGCACAGGGGAUGUUGCUGCAUAUCAAUAUCACCAUUAUAAAGAGGACGUCCGUCUGAUGUUCAAAUUGGGAUUAGAUGUAUACAGAUUUUCCAUCAAAUGGUCUCGACUUAUACCUGAUGGAAGGGGUGCCAUCAAUCCAAAGGGGUUGGAAUACUACAAUAACCUGAUCAAUGAACUCAUUCUCCAUGGUAUUCAACCACAUGUUACCUUAUUCCACUUCGAUUUGCCCCAGAGCUUAGAAGAUGCCUAUGGAGGAUGGCUCAGUCCCCAAAUAGAAGAAGAUUUCAGAGCCUUUGCAGAAGUUUGUUUCAGAGAUUUUGAGGACGGAGUGAAGUACUGGACAACUUUCAACGAGCCAAAUGCAUUUUCCGUUUUGAGUUAUGACAAUGGUUACUGGCCUCCGGAACGCUGUUCUUAUCCAUUUGGAUAUUUUGGCAAUUGUAGUGCAGGAGAUUCUACAGUAGAACCAUACAUUGUUGGUCAUCAUGUUCUGUUAUCUCAUGCAGAAGUUGUUGAGCUCUACAGAAAAAAAUUUCAGACCAACCAAAAGGGUUUUAUUGGUUUGACAGUUAUUAUAACUUGGUUCGUGCCAUUGACAAGCACGACCGAGGACAUAGCUGCAACUCAGAGGACAUUUGAUUUUCAACAUGGUUGGAAAAUCGGGGACUAUCCUUCCAGCAUGAAGAAGAUUCUAGGCUCCAGGCUGCCCACUUUCACCAAACAACAAUCUAAAAAGCUAAGGGGAUCAUUUGAUUCCAUUGGGGUUAACCAUUAUGGCACUAGCUAUGUUUUCGAUUUACCUAGUUACUGGGUUUCUGCGGAAAGAGAUUAUAUGAGAGAUUUAAGCUCAAACACAACAGCUAGGACCAACUGGAUUCCAAUUGUUCCAUGGGGAUUGCAAGAAUUAUUGGAAUAUUUCAAGCAACAUUAUGACAAUCCACCUAUUAUAAUCUAUGAAAAUGGAUAUGGCACCAAAAACAAUCAAUCUCUCUCACUGUCGGAGGCAUCAAAUGAUAGGGGAAGGAUGGAGUAUCUCCAUGACUAUCUUGAGAGUUUGCUCGCUGCAAUCAGGAAUGGAUCCAACACUCGAGGAUACUUCGUCUGGACAUUGCUGGAUAAUUUUGAAUUGUUUUCUGGUUAUGAGCUUCGUUAUGGCCUCCUCUAUGUUGAUUUCAAGGAUAAAAAAUUGAGGAGGUAUCCAAAUCUUUCUGCUCGCUGGUAUACCAAAUUUAUGAAAGGGAACAAACAAAUUGAAUAUCCAUGGAAGAGAGGAGAUGGACCAACUAAUGUGGAUCAAAUGGGUGUAUCCUUUCAUUCUCCAUUCACUUACUAG